GUAAGACUGUAUCUUCAAAAUUUGUUGUGACUAAUGACGUUUGUUUGACUGCAAAAAUUAUUACUCGAUAAAUCUAAUCUAAAGAAGUAAAAACAUGGGUUUUCCACCAGUUCCAGUAGAAAUUAAGCCAGUGGCCCAUCUACUAAAGUUGGCUGAUGAACAUGAAUCCCGUAAUAUCGUCGUGGCCUACUGGGCUCGUAUGGCUGCUUGCAGACUUGCUUUAAAAAUAUUGCCUCCAGGCAAGAAACCCCCUCAAGUAUCAGAAUUGUUGACGGCCUUAUUGGAUUGGCUCGAACAAACUAAACGAGCCAACAGUGAAAAUGAGGGAAUUACACAGGAACCUGCUGCUGCAGCAAUUAUUGAGGAAUAUGCCUUGCAGCUUUUUGACCAUGGAGAUCAACAAGACAGAGCUGAGAUUUACAACAAAAACACCGUCAAAACAUUUUAUACAUGUGGCAUGCUGAUGGAUUGUUUGGAACAGUUUGGUUUGUCUGAAGACAUCACCGAAAAACGUAGAUAUGCCAAAUGGAAGGCAGCUUAUAUUCACAACUGUUUAAAAACAGGUGAUCGACCAAUACCAGGUAAUCCAGGUGAGCAUGAAGAUAACAUUAUGCACAUAAGUGAGCUCACUGAUGAAGAAAAAGCCAAAUUCAAAGAGGACUUGGAAAAGGAAAGAACAAAAGAUGGAGCUAAUGAUAACUUGGGGCUUUUGGGUAUACCAAAUUUUGGCAGCACCACCAGCGAAACUCCCGACGAUAAUAUAGUUCCUAAUCCAGCUCCGGCCCCGGCUUCUACACCCACAACUCCAAGCAUUCAGCCACAACCAACACCUUUUGUGCCCCCCCAGCCUGUAAUAACCCCAUUUCAACCUGCAACUCCAGUAACUCCUACGACCCCCUCAGCUACCGGCUAUGCCCCCGAUCCUGCACAAAUUCAAAAGGCGCAGAAAUUCUGCAAAUAUGCUACAUCUGCUUUAAAUUAUGACGACGUUAAAACUGCAGUCGAAAAUUUGCAAAAAGCUUUAAACAUGUUGCAGUUUGGUAAGGAAGCUUAAGUUAUUAUUAUAGCUAUUAAUAUUGUUAUGUUACUGUCCAUUUUUUUGUUUUAAUGCAUUCAUAAAUUAAGAAUAACAUAGGCAUAGUUGAGAUUUCUGUAUUUUUAAAAUUUGGAGUUCAUAUAUUUAAAUUGUAUUUUUAUAAGAAUAUAAUGUUAUGUUUUUGUGUUAAAUAAAUGCUUUGCUUUUAUUGCCUUAAUAUUUUA